AUGCCCUCUCUAGUCAAUCCCGCUCUCGCUCCUGGCUCCACCGUGCUCGUAACAGGGGCAAAUGGCUUCGUCGCCGCCCACGUCGCCGACCAGCUGCUCCACCAGGGCUACAAGGUGCGAGGCACAGUCCGAGAUGCUGCCAAGCACCAAUGGCUGGUCGACCGUUUCUCCCAAAAGUACGGCAGUGGCCAGUUUGAACUGGUCACCGUCAAGGACAUGCGGGGCCCGGGCGCCUUUGACGAUGCCGUCUCAGGCGUCUCUGCAGUCGCUCAUGUGGCUUCUGUGCGGGACGUGAACGUUACACCCGACGAGAUGAUUCGAACUACUGUCGCUGGCACCCUGGUUUGUCUGCAGGCUGCCGCCAAGGAGCCCAGUGUACAGCGCUUUGUAUUGACUUCUUCUUCCCGAGCCGUGCGCUCCGGGCAAGCCUACUGUAACGCGGAUACAGUCUCAUCCGAUGAAUUUGACAACCAAACGCUUGCCUUGGCCAAGAAUCUGCCCGAGUCUUUGUCGCCUCUGCAGAAAUCCGUAAUCGCCUACUUUGCAUCAAAAGUUGCGUCUGAACAGGCUUUCUGGGACUGGGUCAAGACCAACAAGCCGCACUUUACCGCAAACGCAGUGGUGCCCUGCCCCAUCUAUGGCAGUCCGCUCGACGUGCCCCACCAGGGCUAUCCCUCUACCUCGAGAAUUCCGAUCCAGGUCUUGGAUGGCCAUGUCGAUUCCAUGAAACAUUUGCAGCCCCAUUAUGUACACGUCCGAGACGCUGCUUGCCUUCAUGUUGCCGCUCUGAUCCAUCCACAUGUCGCCAACGAGCGUAUCUUUGCCUUUGCAUCUCCCUAUUCCUUCAAUGAAUUCUUCGACAUAUUUGCAAAAGCCGUCCCCGGCUACCAAGCCCCGGAGAAGCUCCCAGGCCUCGACUACCCCCUUGCUGAAAUUGGCCCGCGGCAGAGGGCGGAAGCGUUGUUGAAGGAGUUUGGCCAUCCUGGAUUUAUGGGGCUCGAGGAGACCAUCGUCGAUAGCGUGCAGACUCGCAUUAAUGCUUCUACGUAG